AUGGAUUCAACCAAAAUCCCACUCUCCCACACGUUAUGGUCCCCCCAUGACACGGUCAAAGAUGCGGCAGAGUCACUAGGCGUGAACUUGCCAGAAGAAGCAGCCAAGAACUUGGCUAUGGACGUGGAGUAUAGAAUCCAUGAAAUCCUAGAAACAGCAAUUAAAUUUAUGAGACAUUCGAAACGUAAGUUAUUGAUGACUUCGGAUAUAAAUUAUGCAUUGAAGAUGUUGAACAUUGAACCAUUGUAUGGAUAUGAUAUAUCGCAGCCUCUUAACUUUAAGGAAGCGCUUGUAGGAGCUGGAGGUCAAACUUUGUAUUAUGUGGACGAUCAUGAGAUCGAAUUUGAAAAGUUGAUCAACCAAGAAUUACCAAAAGUACCAAGACAGACAAGCUACACUGCUCAUUGGCUUGCCAUUGAAGGUGUUCAACCAAUGAUCUCUCAGAAUCCAUUGCCCUCUGAGAUUAAGGCGCUACCACCUAUAAUAAGAGGUGCAACUAGUUCCAUUUUAGGAACCGAUAUCUUGAACGGGGUUUCAGAGAAGGAUUCCAAGGGCUCAGCGGGUGGAUCCAAUGCAGGCUCUGCCAACGGAGCCGCCAAUGGAUCAACUGGAAAGAAGGAGAAGGAAGUCGAGGUCAAGCCAUUGGUCAAACAUGUGUUGUCGAAGGAAUUACAGUUAUAUUUCGAUAAAGUAGCAGAGGUGUUAGUAUCUACCGACCCUGAAAAGGAAAGUUUGAAGUAUGCUGCCCUCACCUCGUUGAAGAACGACCCUGGUUUGCACCAGUUGGUACCAUACUUCAUUCAGUUUGCUGCUGAGCAAAUUACCAAUCAGCUCCGUAACAUUGAAAUUCUAUCCACAAUGUUGGAAGUGAUAUCUGCACUCGUAGAAAACAAAACAAUCUUUUUGGACCCCUACGUACAUGCGUUAAUGCCGUGCAUCUUGACGCUAUUACUUGCGAAGAGAAUCGGACCAGUGAUAAAGGAAACCUCAAGUUCAUCUGACGAAGUCAUCUUUGAGACUUUACAAAAGCAAUUGGCCGUGAGAGAGUUUGCAGCCAUCUUGCUACAACAUAUAAUUAAGGUGUAUGGCUCUUCGUACUCUACCUUAAUGCCAAGAGUUACAAGAACUUUACUCAGGGCCCUUUUGGAUUCCACAAAACCAAUCGGUACCCAUUAUGGUGCAUUGUUGGGAUUGCAGAAUAUGGGGAACGAAGUGAUAAAAUUGGUACUAGUUGGUAAUUUGAAAAUGUGGAGUAAACUGGUGAUUGAAAAUGAAGAUAAGAACGAAAGGGAAAGAGAAAUAUUGCUUAACACCACCUUGGAUACAUUGAGAAAUUUGAAAGUGCAGGCUACGGGAGAAGAAAAAUCUGGCGAAGAUGGUAUGGACAUUGACAGUGAUUCUGAAAUACCAGAUGAUAUUAAGGAGAAGUUGAGUGAUAGACUAGGCGAUUUACUUGCCAAUUUCAUACUUGAACAAAAGGAUGCAAAAGAGAUCGUUAGAGGUAUCUUUUUCGGUGAAUUAAAUGUAUAA